AUGGUCAACGCGUCGGUAGCUGGUGAUGGGAAGGAUAAACAGGAGGAGCGCUCACUCAUCCAUGCUUGUCAUUGCCGUGAUGUGAACUGUCGUCAUGGGUCGUGCCAUGAGAUGAAACGAAAGCUACAACAUUCGAGAGUGUGCUUGAAACGUCAGAGUGCAAGUUGUCCCGCAUGCAAACAACUCACUGAAUUGUGUCGUUAUCACGCUAAACGCUGCAGCGAUACUGCCUGUGAGGUGCCAUUCUGUUUAAAUAAUCGUCAAAAUUUGCAAGGACAACAACGGUCACAGAGUCUGAGUGCGGAUAAUCCCAUGGAUAUCUUAUCCGCUGCCGAUUGUGGCGGAGAUGCUCCCGGUACGGUUCCUGAAAGUGGCGGCGUGAGUUCAGUUCACCAACACAUGGAAAUGUCCUAG